CUGAGUACAGGUCAGGACACUUAAUUUACAAAAACAUUAUAAACACGAACAAACUUUCAAAUAAUACACCACAUGAUAUAUUAACAUGCAUUUGUGUUUUAUGCAAACCAAUCUGGAUUUAAUACCUGUGAGUUUGAAAAGUCUAGGAACACUUGAUAUAGUGUACUCGUUUGUACAUUAGCUCGGAUUUCAUUCAGCGCGCCGUUAUGGUACCCUAGUUUGUAAUGAAUAGUUUCAAAUUUGUUUACCUUCAAAAUGAUUACCGUGUUAAGUCGCCUGUGUAGGUAUUACAAGCUGUGCGCAUAAUACGCUUGAGGAAUCUCUAGUUCAUAAUAGAAAAUAUAAGGAUAAUAAUAUUUCGUUAUAUUUAGGGAGGUUAACAUUUUUUUUGUAAUAUUAUUAUGGCUGAGGUUGGGAAUCAACGCGUCGUGAUGGUGUGUGUAGAUGCAAGUGACCAUGCAGAAAAAGCCUUUGAUUUUUAUGUCAAAGAAGUGAUGAGAAAGACAGAUUGUGUGGUAUUGGCCCAUGUACCGGAAAUAUACAACUUAGACUGGGCAAGCCCUAAAGUUGUAGGUCAACUUUUAAAAGAGGAAUCAGCCAAAGUUACUGCUUUGGAAGAAAGGUACAUUGCGAAACUGUCAGCUUUGGAGCUUUCAGGAAAAUUUGAAACUGGAAAGGGAAAACCAGGGGAAGUUAUCUGCGACCUUGCAAAAAAGGAGAACGCGAAAUUGGUUGUCAUAGGAACACGUGGACUUGGAAAAUUAAAGAAGCUUUUUCUUGGUUCCGUCAGUGACCACGUCACCCACCAUUCUCCCGUGCCAGUAUUUGUCUACAGAGAUAUGGACAAUUAGACGUUUGAACGCAUAUACAUUAUACUAACGCACAUACAUAUACUAACGCACAAUACUGUGAGAUGAUAUAAUGGCAUUUUUGCAUUGGCAUUAAUUACUUAAGAAUGUAAGUCGGCAUUCAGCUUUUUGAGACGUACGUCAUACUAAAAUCUUCAGAUAAAAUGAGUUAACUUGUAAUUUGUCUUUUGAAAUCAAGCAAUGUUGUUGUUGUUUUCUCUUUACUCCAGUGAAACACCAGUUUAUAAAGACAAUCUAUGAAGCACAACCAAAACAUAAUUGUCCAUUUCGAUCAAACAUUUGGUAUAUCGUGCUUUUUAUGUACAUGAUUUUUUUCCACUUAUUUUGUAUACAUGCUGUAUGUAAGUAAAUGCUGUAAUCGGAUAUUGUUUCUUUUAUAAUCGGUCAGUUUUAUACGCAUAUGUUUGAUAAUAAAAUAAAAUAUACAUAAAACAAGAAAAAA